AUGAAGAAAAGUAGUUCGUUGAACAAGAAACCAGUCUGGAAUGACGAGUCUGAAGAGACAUCCUUCUCUGACGAAGAGUGUUCUGGGUCUGAACUGGAGUACUCCGACAACCAGAUUGAACAGGCUGAAGAGAUGCUAGAAGAUGUUGAAGUAUCUGGAGAAGAAACCGUGUCCGAAAGUAAUGUCAGUAGUGAAGAGGAGCUUUCGGAUGCAGUGGAAACAACAAACGAGGAUGAGACUCAAAGUGGAAGCGAGGAAGAGUGCGACGAAGAAACACAAAGAACGGUGUUCAUCAAGGACAUUGGCUAUGAUCUGAGAGAGGAUGACCUAAGACAGCAAAUGCAGCGACUUGGGGAAGUCAUAAGGGUUACAAUUCCCAUGACACAUGAUCUACGAAGAAACAAGGGCUUUGCCUAUGUUGAGUUUAAACGAUUGGCCGAUGCCCAAAAGGCUCUAAAACUAGAUGGGACAGAGCUCUUAGGAAGAAAAGUAGCGGUGUUCCAAGCUAAGCCGAGAGAAAACAGAAAGAUCUAUACUCUUUUUGUAAAGAAUUUGAGUUAUACCACGACCAAAUCUGAGCUGAAGGAGUAUUUUGAGAGAUUUGGAAAAAUCUAUAACAUUAGCCUACCUGUUGAUAAUGAGAAUACAGAAAGGAACAAAGGAUUCUGCUUUAUUGAGUAUACUGAACCUGAUCCAAUCACAAGGGCACUGAAAGGCAAGCACACUUUGAAUGAGCGGACGUUAUAUGUCAUUGAAGGCAACAAAAACGAGGAUAGGAAUAAGAAAAGAAGCACAGACCGACUUUAUGGCCGAAGCAAGAAUACCAACAGUGAUGAGAGCAGCGACAUCAGCCAGAGUUCUCACAAGAGCAGAUUCCAAAAGGAAAACAAGUUCAAUUCAAAGGGAGAUAAAAACAAGAAGUUUGACGAUUCUAAGAAGUCCUCGGGAAAGGGCAAGUUUGAGAAGCGUCCCCAAAGCAAGUCAUUUAGCAGCCAAAAGAAUCCAAACAAGAUAGUUUUUGAUGAUUCAGAAUAA